AUGGCGAAAAAGGUAAAACUCCAUGGAAUCUUUGCAGUCAACAAACCACGCGGCAAAACAUCGGUCGAAAUCCUAGAAGUGAUAAACAAAGUAUUCAGAGCUCAUGCAGCAGCAACACGAAUAGAAAUGACCAAACGAAAGGUAGUGAAACUGGGACAUGGGGGAACUUUGGAUCCUAUGGCCUCAGGUGUGUUGGUGGUGGGUGUAAAUGACGGUUGCAAGGAAAUAAACAAGUACACGUUUUGUGAUAAGGUAUACGAAGCUGUUGGAAUGUUUGGCAUUUCUACGAACACUAAUGAUUCGGAGGGGAAAAUUAUCCAACGCACUCCUACUGAACAUAUCUCUCGCGAAAAAUUAGAAGCAUUACUACCGAAAUUUGUUGGUACAAUAAAUCAAGUACCACCAUUAUUUUCAGCGAUUCAUAUGGACGGUAGGCGACUUUAUGACUAUGCUCGUUCCGGUGAAGAAUUGCCGCGCGAAAUAGAACCGCGACCAGUGAUUAUUCAAUCGAUAAAACUUUUGGCGUUUACUAGAGAACAUAAAUACUCGGAACCCACAGGGACGUCAUCAAAUUACAACGAGGAAUUUGAAGACGAAACAGAAAUAACAUCAGAAAUUGAUGGGAACAAUAGUAAUAAUAUGGAGCUUACGGUAAAAAAAGGGUUCCGGCGGCAAUACGUACGGCCAAAAAAGCGUGCAGUCCCUGAAAUUCAAGAAAAGAAGCAAGAGGAUGGUGUAAAAACGAUAUAUCCGAUAUUCAAAAUAAACGUCAAAUGUGGCAGCGGAACCUAUAUACGAUCAUUGAUUCGUGAUAUUGGCGAAGGGAUGGAUAGUGUAGCACAUAUGGUUGAACUUGUGAGGUUGGAACAAGGUGAAUUUAAAUUGGGUGAGGACGUUUUGGAGUUUGAAGAUUGCCUAGAAUUUGAUAAGAUUUACGAUGCCAUUAAUAACCAUAAUAGAAAAUUGAGGCAGUUGGAAUACAGUCGAAGAUAUUAA